AUGGCAGGGACAGCACGCCACGAUCGGGAGAUGGCGAUCCAGGCCAAGAAAAAGCUCACCACGGCCACCGACCCCAUUGAAAGACUCCGACUGCAGUGCCUGGCCAGGGGCUCUGCAGGCAUCAAAGGACUUGGCAGAGUGUUUCGAAUUAUGGAUGACAAUAAUAACCGAACCCUUGACUUCAAAGAAUUUGUGAAAGGGCUAAAUGAUUAUGCCGUGGUCAUGGAAAAGGAAGAGGCAGAAGAGCUCUUCCGGAGGUUUGAUAGAGAUGGAAAUGGAACAAUAGACUUCAAUGAAUUUCUUCUUACAUUAAGACCUCCAAUGUCUAGAGCCAGAAAAGAGGUAGUUAUGCAAGCUUUUAGGAAGUUAGACAAGACUGGAGACGGAGUUAUAACAAUUGAAGAUCUUCGGGAGGUAUAUAACGCAAAACACCACCCUAAGUAUCAAAAUGGAGAAUGGACCGAGGAACAAGUGUUCAGGAAAUUUCUGGAUAACUUUGAUUCACCCUAUGACAAAGAUGGACUGGUGACCCCCGAGGAGUUUAUGAACUACUAUGCAGGGGUGAGCGCAUCCAUUGACACCGAUGUGUAUUUCAUUGUCGUGAUGAGAACUGCCUGGAAGCUCUAA